AUGGCGCAAUUCGAGCGUAGAUCAAUUGUAAACGGUGCUCUGCUGAAAAAACACAUUGGUAAACCAGUAAGCAUCCAUCUGAAAGUAGCCAGCGCGGAUGAUGGCUGCAAGUCGUUCAGCGGCAAAUCGACAGAUGGUGUUAACGUUCAAGUGAUGCUAUCGGAGCCAUUGAAUGGUGCUUGCGCCGAGUGGGUCGAGGUACUAGGAGUCUCGGCACCCAACGACACGGUCCGAGCUAAGGAAAUCAUAACAUACUUCAACAGCGGCGAGAAAACUGAAGAUUUUGAUGUGGAUGGACAUAACAUGCUUUGCACAUUAUUAUCUGUAUGCAAAGAACCAUUUUACAUCGGUUCAUAG